AUGUCGCACCAGCGGAACGGCAGUAACUACCAGGACCCCUACCUCGAGCCGGGGGCCGAGUACCUCGCCACGGACAAGGGGAGCACCACGCAGGGCUCCUACAUGGACGGCCAGUACGGCGAUCACCAGUACGGCAGCUACAACAAUGCCGUGCCGGCGGACAAGCUCGACGAUGAUGGAGUCCACGCGCUUGGAGAGAUCGCGCCCGGUCAGCGUCAGACAGCCGGUCGUGCCGGACUUCAAAACCCUACGUCGAGCUUUGCGGCCAUGGGACCGCCGCCCCGUAGCACUGGUAUCCUCCGCGAAUGGCGAAAGGAGGAGCGUGGCCAUCAGUGGGGCAAGUACGUCCGACCUCCGUUCGUGACGCCCGCCUUCGACUUUGGUAGUGACAACGUCGUCAAGGAGGGAGCGUCUCUGCUGCAGACGCAAAAUGCCUCGAUUACGGUCAACGGCUUCUACCUGCCGUUCCUCAUCCCCUUCCUGGUCGGAAACCCGAACUGGUUCACCGCCGAGUUCUCCAAGAUCCAGGCCGAUGUAACAUAUACACCUACCAACACCAAGUUUGGUGAGGGUAAGCUUGAAAGCACUAAGAUUGCUGCGUACAAAACAUCGGCCUUGAACUUCCCCUUCAACGUCAACUGGACGACGACCUCGAACACGGCGGGCAACAAGAAGGAAUUCAUCACGUCGCUCCUGAGCGACUGCGGUUUCAACGUUGCCACAGGCCAGGAGACGACGCCGAAGGACUGGAACAUGAAGCUCGCGCUCCACCUGACGAUCAAGGUGCUCAGUGUGAACAUUGCCAUCCCGACGAUCAACGUCAACUCGCUCGGCGUGCCGUGCCCCUUCAAGGGCGACGACAUCAACACGCUCAAGGCCAUUCUCGAGAACAUCCCCUCGAAGCGCGACACUCUCGCGAUUGAGGCCGCGAGCGAGCUCUGA